CCAAUGUGGAAACUACUUCAAACAACCUGGAAAACGUUUGGCUCUUGUGGAGUGGGGCUGAACUCCAUCAGCUUCAGCUGCCUUUGAACCUGCAGUACGCGUCAGCUUCCAGUAAGGGCUGUAGUCUGCUGGAAAUGUGGAAUUGGUGGGUCAGAGGCGUCUUCCAGAGAAAUACCGAUCUGUUUGAGGAGCAGUUAGUUUGUUGCAUGAAGUUGCCAUGACAAUGCUGUUUUAAAAUGAGAAGUGGGAGAUGCUGCCUCUCCGCUGUCUCAGCAGGCCCCUGGGGAAGGAGGCUGCAUGGUGCCCUGUUCUGCCCGUCUCUCCUUUGCUCCCCAGUGUUCCAUGUGGAACCCAGGGGACCUGAAGGAGGCUGCAAAAGCUAGUGGAAUGAUUCCCUGUGUAGCUGAAGCUAUGUAAGUAGAAGUUUGCUUACAAGGUCAGUGGCACAGCAUCAACUGUUAGAACAGCGAUUGCUUCUGGUUCAGCAGUUGCAAUGAUCCUCUUGUGCCUCCCCUAUGGAAAGCUUUGUGUGUCUGUUCAGAGCUGGAAAAAGAUGGGGCACCCAUGAUACUGUUCCCUACACUCUGCUAUUUUAGAAGUCAUGCCUCCUUGCCCACAGAAGGUUAGUUGACUGCCGCUAAUGGCAUGGUGAAAUGUGUUGAAGAGCAGCUGCGAGGGUGUCUGACGGCGAGGGGACUGCUCUAGAAGCUGGGCUUGCAACAUCAUGGGCCAGUGUGUCACAAAGUGUAAGAAUCCUUCGUCUACCCUUGGCAGCAAAAAUGGGGAAAGGGAAUCUGGCAGCAAGUCGCACAGUAAGAGAAGCGCAGUCCACAAAGACGACCACGCUUCAGCUUGUGGGAAGUCUUCAGGAGAUAUACUCGUGAACGGGACAAAGAAAGCGGACACUGCUGUCGAGUCUAGCCAGCCUUCAACGUUUCCUGGGGAUACAAAGAAAGACUCUGUCUCCAGUGCGGAAGAAUCUUCACUCCAAAGGAUUGGAGAGUUAUUUAGGAGAUACAAGGAUGAACGGGAGGAUGCCAUACUGGAAGAAGGAAUGGAACGAUUUUGCAAUGACCUCUGCGUUGAUCCCACUGAAUUUAAAGUGCUAGUUUUGGCUUGGAAAUUCCAGGCUGCUACCAUGUGCAAAUUUACAAGGAAGGAGUUUUUUGAAGGCUGCAAAGCAAUAAAUGCGGACAGCAUUGAUGGCAUUUGUGCAAGGUUCCCCAGCCUCUUAAAUGAAGCCAAGCAGGAAGAUAAAUUUAAGGAUCUCUACCGUUUCACCUUUCAGUUUGGCCUGGACUCUGAGGAAGGACAGAGGUCGCUACAUCGGGAAAUAGCCAUUGCCCUUUGGAAAUUAGUCUUCACCCAAAACAAACCCCCCAUUUUGGACCAGUGGUUACACUUCCUAGUCGAGAACCCCUCAGGAAUCAAGGGAAUCUCCCGGGACACGUGGAACAUGUUUUUAAAUUUUACUCAGGUGAUUGGACCAGAUCUUAGCAACUACAGUGAAGACGAGGCGUGGCCGAGUCUCUUUGAUACCUUUGUGGAGUGGGAAAUGGAGCGAAGGAAAAAGGAAGAGGAAACCAAAUGUAUUGCAUCUUCAGACACAGAGGGUCUGUGUACAGAAGAACAGACUUACAGCAUUUAAGCAGUGGUGACAAAAGCAACCUGUUGCCCUUCAUGAAAUGUAAACUCUGGAUGUUUCUGGAGAUUACCAAGGCUCCAGAUCUUUUCUACUUUACACCUUUUUCUGCCUUGUAUUUGAAAGGGCUCUAAAAUGCUGUAUCAUGUUUUAGGCACUUUCUUAAUUUUGGUUAUUCCUUUUACUCUUGCCCUGAAAUAUUUGACUCUGGCUACAAGUUAAGCAUUUUUGGUUUCUUAUAAGACUUCAGAUUAGUAUAAGUAAGUCUGAUAUUUCUUGCACAAUGUAGAUCUUUUUAGUUAGGUUAAAUUAACAUUGCUAAAUUAUACAGUGCCAGAUUAAGUUUUUCAUACUACAUCUGUCAGGGCAGGUUUGUACUGUGUGUAGUGCUGUUUACAUUGUUGAAAUUUUAGGCUGUAAUAAUUUUAAGGUUUUAUACCAAGACAAAUAGCAGUGUUAACUGUUAACUAUAAAUGCAUUAAUCCCCUGGUAAUAAGGCUCUUAAAAAAAAAAAAAAAUUCCAACAUAAGCAACAGCUUUUUGUAAUAUGGCUAAUUCCCACUUCAAGCUAACUCUCAGCGAUUGAGUCCAGAUCAUUCCUUUUUUCUCAGAGUUUCAAACUAAAUGUUGGGAUUGUUUUAUAAAAUUACUGUACCUGUCAGUCAACUGAGUGGUAGAUGAUGAUUUGUAUCUAAAUCUCUUAUACAACACAUAAUAAAAGAGCAGUACUACCUCAGUUUUAUUGAAAGUGGACUUCUUGAUGGAAUUCCAUUUUCUCUGGAAGUUGUAUUUUUGUGGUUACACGAGAAUAUUUUUACUUGACUAAAAGAACCAAAGGUUCUGCUUCUUAAGUUUGUUAAACAUUGACAGAAGCAACACACAAGCCCUAAGUCUUCAAGGAAAACUGUGGUAUAAUUCUGCUUUAAUUUGUUUGAUUUAUACCUAAAGUAUUAUCUUACUUGUCUGGCAAGCACAGUACUUCUAUGUAAGGAACUAUCUUUUGCAUUAAUAUUGAUGAACCGAUUUUUUUAAACCUAUGUUUAAUUGCUAAAUCGCAGUUAAUACUCCACACUUGCUGGAGCAACAAUAUCGGCAUCUGAUGACAAAGUGAAUUCUUAAUGUGUUCUUGAUGACAACAGUGUAGAUGAGUCAUUUUUAGACUGAUUUGAUAAUAUUUGGAUAGGAGUCAAUUUAUUAUUUUACAAUACUUGUAUUGGGACUAUUUGCCUGUUGAAACUGUUGUGACUUAAAGGGAGUUUUAUUAACACUGGUUGAAAUUUUUUUUGGUUAUUGAUGCUACCUUUUUUAAUUUUAGUAUGUCAACUUUUUUACACGUUUUGGUAAAAGAGAUGAUUGCCAAGGCUUUCUGUUAAGCUAAGUAUCAAAUUCAUUAAGCCAAUACACUUACAUUUUACACCC